CCGGCCUUGGAGGGAUGGUUCCAUCAUGGCGUCAAUGCAGAAACGACUACAAAAAGAACUGUUGGCUUUGCAAAAUGACCCACCUCCUGGGAUGACUUUAAAUGAAAAGAGUGUUCAAAAUUCAAUUACACAGUGGAUUGUAGACAUGGAAGGUGCACCAGGUACCUUAUAUGAAGGGGAAAAAUUUCAACUUCUAUUUAAGUUUAGUAGUCGAUAUCCUUUUGACUCUCCUCAGGUCAUGUUUACUGGUGAAAAUAUUCCUGUUCAUCCUCAUGUUUAUAGCAAUGGUCAUAUCUGUUUAUCCAUUCUAACAGAAGACUGGUCCCCAGCGCUCUCAGUCCAAUCAGUUUGUCUUAGCAUUAUUAGCAUGCUUUCCAGCUGCAAAGAAAAGAGACGACCACCAGAUAAUUCUUUUUAUGUGCGAACAUGUAACAAGAAUCCAAAGAAAACAAAAUGGUGGUAUCAUGAUGAUACUUGUUGAUGCCACUGUUAUCGUCCUCCUAACAGAAGAUAGUCCUACUGAGAAAAUGAGCACUUUGAUCAUUCAGUCUUUGAACUUUAACCUUUGACUGGAAGUGAC